GCUUGUGGGCAAUAUUUAUCAAGUCACGUGUACAGCACCGUGUAGCCGUGAACGUGUUUUGCGUGACUGGAACGAACAGGGCGUCUGAGUGACCGACGUUACGUCAAAACACGGCAAAUCUGCAUUAAACGCCGCUGAUCACUGUUAUAAUACAUUAAAACCACCGGAUUUGAGGAAACCUGCACAUAUAGUCGGGGUUUCGCCGUCUUUGGGGAUUGAUUUCGCUCUGGAUGAAGUCACGGUCAUCGCGACACACAAGCUCAAACGGGGAAGAGGAUGAAGGAUGAAGAUCGCAUGAGAGCGAUGGCCAAGUUUAAAAACAAAAGGAUGGAGAAGUCGAAGCCGGAGUCGGAGAGGGAUUCGGGAUUCUCAGACGGCAGCUCUGAGCACCUGAGUGUGAUCGACCGCACCGAGGACUCCCGGUCUCAGGCGGCUCCGCUGGUGCAGGGACUCUCGCCGACGAUCAUCAUGAACAAUGCUGUCCUGAAACAGCCUGGAGAAGCCCGUGUGUGUGUGAAGCCCUGGCCCGUGGACGUGGUUCCUCAGCCUCAGGUCGUGUUCCUCCAGCCUGUGGUCCCGAACACACACACACACACCAAACACGCGUCACAGCGCCGCCGGCACCGGAAGCUCCUCCCGAUCCGCAAGUCGUAUCCCAGAAUCGCUCCUCAUCCUGGAGACAAUCCUCUUCAGAGCGACAGCAACCGCUCCAGUUCCUCCGGCAAGAGUUCCAGUUCCUCUCAGAGUGAGUCCAGCUCGUGUUCCGGCGCUCCUGUCCCGGAGACACCCGGAGAGUCCGAUACUAGACCCGAAUCCACGGACAACCGUUCCCAUUCCCACAGGGACAACCGGGUCAAGCGCUUCUGCAACACGUAUAACAUCCUCCGCUCGUCGGGUCUGCUGGACAUCACGCUGCGCACCAAAGACCUGAUCCGGCAGAACCGGCGCACGCAGAGCGAGCUGGACCGGCUCCGGGAACACACACGCAUGUUCCUGCAGGCGCUGGAGAGCGGAGACCUGGGGGUCUGGAGGAGCCUGGAGACCAGCCUGCAGGAGCAGUGACGUGUGUGUGUGUGUGUGUGUGUGUGUGUCGAGGUCAGAGCUAUGAUCAC